AUGGCUGCUUCUACUUCACCAAACUUGUCGAUAUCUUUGCACAGAAAUGCAAAGAAAACAAACUAUCAUUCUUUAUCUUUGCAUAACAAACUUGGCUUCUCAUCUUUUGUGCAAUUCAAUAAAUCUGUUAUAAGUUUGAAAUCAUAUGGAACUGCUAAGUAUGAUGGAGUGGUGGUGGAUGAAGAGCUGGACAAGAUUCGGAGACUUCAGAAUGGUUCGGAUGUUAGAGGAGUCGCGCUGGAAGGCGAGAAAGGAAGAACAGUUGACCUUACUCCGCCUGCUGUGGAGGCGAUAUCAGAGAGUUUUGGCGAAUGGGUUGUCAAUGGUUUAGAGAAGGAAAAAGGAUAUUUGGUAGAGAAUGUGAGUGUGUCUCUUGGACGCGACCCGCGAAUUACUGGGUCGAAAUUGAGCGUUGCAGUGUUUGCAGGUCUUACUCGCGGUGGUUGUAUGGUGUUCGAUAUGGGACUAGCUACCACGCCAGCUUGUUUUAUGAGCACUUUGUUGCCUCCAUUCGAGUACGACGCUUCCAUAAUGAUGACAGCGUCUCAUUUGCCUUACACGCGUAAUGGCCUGAAAUUUUUUACAAAGAGAGGAGGGCUGACUUCAUUGGAAGUAGAAGAAAUCUGUGACAAUGCUGCUCGUAAAUACGCAAACAGAAUGGCGAAAGUUUCUUCUCUGCUUAAAGUUCUUCCAAUAAAAGUUGAUUUCAUGAGUGCUUAUUCAAAGCAUCUUAGAGAAAUCAUCAAGGAGAGAAUAAGUCAUCCAUUGCAUUAUGAAACUCCACUCAAGGGAUUCCAGAUAAUAGUGAAUGCUGGAAACGGCUCAGGAGGAUUCUUCACAUGGGAUGUCUUAGACAAGCUUGGUGCAGAUACCUUUGGAUCUCUGCAUCUUAAACCUGAUGGCAUGUUUCCUAAUCAUAUUCCCAACCCCGAGGACAAAGUUGCCAUGGCGACGACAAGAGCGGCUGUUUUAGAAAACUCGGCCGAUCUUGGAAUAGUCUUUGAUACCGAUGUUGACAGAAGCGGCGUAGUUGAUAACGAAGGGAACCCGAUAAAUGGGGACAAGCUCAUUGCUCUCAUGUCUGCCAUUGUACUGAAAGAAAAUCCAGGAUCAACCAUAGUGACUGAUGCUCGGACGAGUAUGUCGCUCACUAAGUUUAUAACCGAUAGAGGCGGUCACCAUUGUUUGUAUCGCGUUGGUUACCGAAAUGUCAUCGACAAAGGAGUUCAUCUUAAUAAAGACGGAAUUGAAACACACCUUAUGAUAGAAACAUCCGGUCACGGUGCAUUGAAAGAAAACCAUUUCCUUGACGACGGGGCUUACAUGGUGGUGAAAAUUAUAAUCGAAAUGGUGAGAAUGAAGCUUGGUGGAUCAGAUGAAGGGAUUGGUAGUCUUAUAAAAGAUCUUGAAGAGCCCUAUGAAUCAAUUGAAUUGAGAAUAAAUAUCGUUUCUGAACCUCGAGACGCUAAAGCAAAAGGUCUCGAGGCGAUCGAAACAUUUCGAAACUACAUCGAGGAAGGAAUGCUUAAAGGAUGGGAGUUAGAUUCAUGUGGUGAUUGUUGGGUGAGUGAAGGGUGCCUUGUUGAUACAAAUGACACUCCAACUCACAUUGAUGCUCAAAUGUACAGGGCAAGAGUAUCAAACAAUGAACAUGGACAACAUGGUUGGAUACACAUGAGACAAAGUAUUCACAAUCCAAACAUUGCUGUGAACCUGCAAUCAUCUGUCCAAGGAGGGUGUUUGUCUAUGGCAAGAGCUUUAAGAGAUGAUUUUCUGAAAGCAAGUGGAGUUGACACAUUUUUAGACAUAGCUCAGAUUGAUAAGUUUGUUGAAAAUGGCUCAUUAGCCUGA